AUGCAGAACAGCGAGACAACCAUCUUGACAGAAGCCAACAAUGUCUAUCAUUUCUCUCCCCCUCAGGCAGGAACCUCUGGCAUCCUGCAGGCCCAGAACCACACUGAGACUAUCCAAGAAAUAGCAGUCGCCAUUACAUGUGCCUGUGGUGCUGCCGUCAAACUAUUCGCUACGAUCGAGUGUGUCCCUGAUAUCGACUCUGCAAACCCAAGAGGACUAAAGCCUUCAAAAGUCACUGGGGAGAUUAUGUUCAAGGAAGUCAAAUUCAGCUAUCUGUCUUGCGCAGAUGUUCCAAUUCUCAAAGGCAUUGACAUCACCUUCCCAGCUGGCAAGACCACUGCUCUCGUUGGCGCAUCUGGAUCUGGUAAAUCUACGAUCGUAUCUCUCACGGAAUGCUUCUACAAUCCACUCAGUGGCUCUGUUAUGCUUGACGGAAUUGACUUGCGAGAGCUGAAUAUCAAAUGGUUACGCUCUCAGAUCAGUCUAGUCUCACAAGAGCCAGUGCUUUUCGCGACGACUAUCAGGGGCAACAUCAAACACGGUCUCAUUGGCACACUGUUACAGUAA